AUGGCGCUGAUGAACGUCGUUUUCGACCAGCUGAUCGGGAGCUUCAACGGCGACACCGGGACUCAGUCCACCUUGGGCCAGAAGACGUCCUUCUUCGACAAAGAUGGCAACUCGGUCAACCAACUGACCGCCCGCCUCCAAAGCAACAUCAAGUCCCCCAUGGAGCUAUUGGAACUGAACCUGAUAGUGGUCAUCAUCGGCAUGUUCACGCUCAUCGGCGCUUUGAUCAACUAUCUCCUUCAUCUACGACUGGAAGCUCGCGCUCGUUGCCUUGUGCAUGACCGUCCAAUUCAACAUGUUCGCGGGCUCUCCUACCGCGUGCGCUACGAGCUACAGUUCAACGCCAUGAACGAAACCGUGUUUUGCGAGUCCACAAAGUUCGGCGCCGAGUCCAUCAGCGCUUAUAGGACUGUCACGGCGCUGGUUAUGGCGGAGAACAUCCGCUCCCGCUACGAAUCCUUGCUCCAAUAA